GGAGGGAGGUAUGAGAAGGGAGGAGGCAUGAGCUCUUCCUGCACAGAAGUGGGGGGCCCAAUUCCAGCUCACUCCUCUCUCCAGAGACGGAUGUACCCCCUUGGGAGAAAGUUCCUACCUGCCUGCACAGGUUUUGCACAUGCAUGCUGGGGAUUGCACCAGAGGAGCCUGCAGCCCGGCCAAAUUAGCACCUUUAAAGGUGUUGAUGGUGUGGAGAAAUAGCCUGAGCAACGGUGCCUGCAGGCGUUCACAUGUCUGCACUGGCCAGCAGCAGGAACAGAAAUUUGUCUCUUUCAAUCAGGCCGAAGGAGGAGUGAAGAUGUGAAUGUCCCAUUAGCCAGAGAGACGUGGUGGGCGAGGUAAUAUCUUCUGUUGGUGAGCGAGUCAAUGGCUCGCUGGCACACACCUCUGAUCCCUUCGGCAUGGCCAGAGGCAGAGAGAUUGCCACCAAAGGACGGCUCAAGUGAGUGCAAAUGGAGAGGGCAGCUGGGUGGAGCUCUGAGUGGGGAGGAGACAGCCCGCCAGCCCCCUUACUUGGGCUGGACUGCAGUGCCCGGGGAACCAGCAGCCGCCCAAGCACCGGCCCCAGCCAGCUCCUCUGCAAAGGGUUAAAGGGAGCCUCAGCCUUGAAGUGGGCUGGAGGGAGGGGCGGAGGGAUUAACUCGAUUGGUGAGAAGUUUGUAGCUGGGCGGUGCCGGGCCGCCCUUACGGCUCUGCGCUGCCCCAGAAUCACAAAGCCCUGCAGGGAAACUCGCUUUAGCGCUUGUUCCUUUGCUUCGACGCCCCCCGCCACCCCUUAAACGUGAUUCCGGCUCAGCUAGCCCCAGGGCGGCAUCACCCAGGCACCCUGCAGCGCAGCUCUCCUGCGAUCCCGGGGGAUCUGUCAUAGUCGGGGGGGGGGAGGAGCGGAUUCCCACCCGCUCGCUCACUCACACACACACACGCACCCUGACCCGGAGCUGCAGCUCGUGCAAAGCAGGGAAAAUACAAGUUUUCUCUCCCCCGACUUAGCUAAUCGCCGCGAGCCCUGCGCGCUGCCAGCGCCUUUUGUGGCAAAGUGUUUUCUGGUGGAAAGAUGGUGGCUUGAAACUUUUUGAUGCUUUAAUGAACGCACUGAAGGUUAUGUAGGUAAAGGGACCCUCAGAGUUUCCUUUUAAAACAAACAAACAAACAAAAGAGCCACGAACUUACCAAAUCCUCAGCCCAGGAACCUGCUUUUCCGUGCCUGCCCGCCCUGCCUUGCAAAGCUGGGGGCUGUCAACGUGCAAAGUUUGAUUUACUCCCCUGCCCGCCUGCGGAAGGAAUGAAGCUGAAAUGAAAAGAGGCAGCACAUGGGACUGGCUAGAGGAUUGCCAUUCACAGGGACAUGUUGUGAUGGGGCAAACAGCGCGCUGUUGAGGAACCGGACUGCAACUGAAGGUUUGAAAGAUCAGAAACCGUACAAUACAGACGGAACCAGUUUUCAAAAUGGAAUUCCAGUUUGCGCUCUUUUUUGUAGGGAUAAUUGCGUUUUCUGAUUCAGCCCGAGGCCCACCCAGAAUUGCUGAUAAAGUGAUCCACCGGCAGUCCGUGAGGUUAGGAAGAACCAUCAAGCUCCUGUGUCCGGUAGAAGGUGACCCACCACCUCUGACUAUGUGGAUGAAAGAUGGACGGACUAUCCACAGUGGCUGGACAAGGUUCCGGAUCCUGCAGCAAGGACUGAAAAUCAAGGAGGUGGAAAGCGAAGACGCGGGGACAUACAUCUGCAAGGCCACCAACGGCUUUGGCAGUAUGAGUGUGAACUACACCCUUAUUGUGAUUGAUGAUGCCAGCUCAGGAAAGGACAGCCUGGUGUCUGAAGGCUCCAAUGGCGAAUAUGAAGAUCAUUCUGGGAAGCAGUGGGCCCGGCCCAGGUUCACGCAACCUGCCAAGAUGCGACGGAGGGUGAUUGCACGGCCUGUAGGAAGCUCAGUCCGCCUGAAGUGUGUUGCCAGUGGGAACCCUAGGCCUGACAUCACCUGGCUGAAGGACAAUAAGCCCCUCACACCUCAGGAGGUUGGGGAGAACAAGAAGAAGAAGUGGACAUUGAAUCUGAAGAACUUAAAGCCUGAGGACAGUGGGAAAUACACUUGCCGAGUGUUUAACAAAGUUGGAGAAAUCAAUGCGACAUAUAAAGUUGAAGUAAUCCAGAGGACUCGGUCCAAACCCAUUCUCACGGGAACGCACCCUGUGAACACUACUGUGGACUAUGGUGGGACCACGUCAUUCCAGUGCAAGGUCCGCAGCGACGUCAAGCCCGUCAUCCAGUGGCUGAAAAGGGUGGAGUACGGCACAGAGAACAAGUACAACUCCACCAUUGAUGUCGGGGGGCAGAAGUUUGUUGUGCUCCCCACUGGGGAGGUCUGGUCCCGUCCGGACGGCUCCUACUUAAACAAACUGAUGAUAACACGAGCCAAAGAGGAGGAUGCUGGGAUGUACAUCUGCCUAGGAGCAAACACGAUGGGAUACAGCUUCCGCAGUGCUUUCCUCACGGUGUUGCCAGAUCCCAAGCCACCGAGCGCCCCUGUGGCCCCGUCCUCCGCUAGCAGCCUGCCGUGGCCGGUGAUCAUCGGGAUCCCCGCUGGAGCGGUUUUCAUCUUCGGGACGAUCCUCCUGUGGCUCUGCCAGGCCAAAAAGAAGCCCUGCUCUCCCCCAGCUGCAGCGCCCGUGCACAGACCGCAGGCCAGAGACAGGAUCUGUGUGUCCCAGGGUCCUGACAAAGACUGCAUCUCCUCCAUAAACUAUGAGGAAUAUGUAGCCCACCAGCAGCAUUUGCUAUCCCAAGGGCCUGCGUUGGCCCCAGCCGUGGCAUCGAAAAUAUACCCAAAGAUUUACACAGACAUCCACACUCACACGCACUCACAUGUGGAAGGCAAAGUUCACCAGCAUCAGCACAUUCAUUAUCAGUGUUAAAGGGCAGCCAGAGACCGUAGCUUAUUGGUGCUUUCUUCUCACGGUACCUCAGAACAGACUGCUUCGAGUCAGCUAACACUGCCAGCAAAAGGCAAAGUGAACAGAGGAGGGAGAGAGAGAGAGAAAGAGAUAUUUUUUUUGUUUUGUUAUUACUAUCAUUAGGAUGUAGAUGAGGAAUAAUGAAGGAAUUCCCAAUCUCAGCACAAAGGCGGCCAUGUAAAACAAUGGAAACUUCUUGUAGGUCUAAAUCAAGAUGGCAACAGAUAAGGCAGGAACACCACCGACCCCCUGUUGCAUUGCCAAGCAGAGGAAGAAGAGGAGAACAUGAUGAUAUUGCAGUUCCUGCCUCUAGCACGUGCCACCUGUUCUGGUGCAAGGCCCAUCAGAUGUCUUACCCUUGAGAAUGUACAGAAGAGCCCUUUAUCUCAGAGUGGCUGAAGCUUGGAAGUAGCUGAGAUGUAGUGCCAAAGCACCAGGAGACUGUAAUCAACUGAAACAUUCAAUUGCCCAAUGUCAAACGAAAAAAUAAGCAGAAGAGUUUCUGGAAAAUGCAUUUCUAUUUUCAAUGUGAAACUCCACAUGCAUCUCGCCAGCAGUAAUUUUGCCUGACCGUCGGUGAUAACUUAGCUGGCUGGUUCCAUUUCUGCAAAUCAAGGGUAUUGUGUUUUCCCCAAGGGGGCACUGCUUGAAAUCUUUAAAAAUGUUCAACUCCCCCCAAUGCUAUGACUCAGUGCUACUGCCAGGAAGAAGGAAGGAAGGAAGGACAUUGUACAAUGCAACUUUAUAUUUAUAUUUAAGAAAUAAUAAUUAAUAAUAACUGAAUUGCUGAAGGUCAAGAAAAGAAAACGUGCUGCCCUUUUUUGAUGCCGCUAGUUGUGAUUUUCAAUCAGAUCUUCAUGGCUUAUAGUGACAAGCUACUGGAUUAACUGUGUCAAUGAAAAAUAAAUGAACAAGUAAAAGUAAAAAUAAAAAGAGAGAGAAAGAGAGAAAAUUACUGUUUAUGGAAGAAUGAAUUUGCUAAAUAUGCACCUAGGGUUGUGUGUGGUUUUUCUUUCCAGAUAAUGUUUUGCAAUUGAUUCAAACAAUCUCAUUUCAGUUUCAUUUAAAACAACAAAAAAGAAAGAAAGAAAGACCGUAUUAAUACCUAUAUGGACUAGAAAUGAAUUCAAUCACAAAUAUAAAACCUUUGUAAUUCUAUAUAGAGUUUAAACAGAAGUCAUGUAUAUUUAAUUUAUUUUGUUAAACAAGAAAAAAAAUAUGAUAUUUUCCUCAAAACAGGCAUUUCUAUACAUAUUUUUGAUCAAAGGAAAUAAAGAUGAAUUGUGGGGGUUUUCCAGGUUCUCAGAGGUGCCAUGCUCCAAAUAUAAGCAAUGUAACCUAUAACAGUACUUUAUUUAACCAAAUUGAAAGUCAUAUGUUUGUAUGCAUUUUUACAAUAGCCAUGUGUAAUUGUUCUAGCAGCAUCUCUGGCAUUACAGGUGCCAUCAUUUCCAAUAGAAACUGCUAUUUUGUGAUGUUUAUAACCUGUUCGGAAAGUUUUGCUGUGGAUUGAUCACUGCCUCUGCACCCCAUGUUAUCCUGGCCUCAUUAACAAAGAGCUCAGACCACAAGAAAACUUGUUUCACUGUUUAUUUAAAAAAUUGGUUUGAUUUUUUUUUUUUUUUUGGUUAACAUUAUAAGAAGUGAACUGGAGACCUGUGAUAUAAUCAAUAAUCCCUUUUAAAAGUGAAAUGUUCCUAGGCAUGAGCCCAUCGAGUGGACUUCUGCCUCUGAGUGUUUUGGGGAGAAAAAAAUUACAAGUCUGGACAAAUUAUUUGAUCCCUAAAAGCAGCAUCUGAGCAUAAAACAUUCAGUAGAGAUGAAAUUCACCACAGCAAGAGGAGCCUGCACAAGUCCCUCUGUAAGGACUUAUGGCUCAAUCCUGCCAGGGGUCAAGCACUCUGGCCGUGAUCCACCAAAGCACGUAACUUUGCAACCAUAGGGCCUGGUGCACUGUGGUUAUUUUCCAUGGGCUUCAGUAUCAACCAGAUCAGACCCAUCGAGGUUAAUGGGAAUACUCAGCUACUUAAAAAUCAGCACCGUUUUAAAUGCUUUGCUGCUCAGGGCCAGAGAGCUCAGCGCCUGACUGGCUGGAGCCUGGAAGUGGUGUGUAGGGCCUUCUGCACUGGUGUGAAUUUCACCCACAGGCUCUGGAAUAACACAGCGAGGGGUGUACUCUACAUUUGUUCCCUGUGUUGCAUUCCUAGUGGUUGUAAUGGGAGUGGAACAAGUACAGCUUAUUAUACCCCUUAUUGUGUACAUACUGUAGAUGGCUAUCAAGUCAAACCUGCACUCCGUUAGAGGGGAACCCAGGCCGGCUUUGAUUCCAUAAGGCCAUAAAGUGAGUCACUAAAUUCAGAUCUUGGAUGCUGGUGCAUGGGUCCCUUCGGUUUCAGUGAGCAUCGUGAAUGAGCAUCCAUGUGCAUAACUGGGGUGUUGUAAGUACUGAUCUAACCCAAGAUUUGCUAAUGGCUGCAGUUUACUGGGUGAGCCAUCCACACAUAGAAAAGUCUAUGCACAGUUUCUAUGUACAUCAACGAUGUUAUAAAAAGUCAGGAAACUGGUACACCUUUACCUCGAUAUAAUGCUGUUCUCGGGAGCCAAAAAAUCUUACCGCGUUAUAGAUGAAACCGCAUUAUAUCAAACUUGCUUUAAUCCGCCGGAGCGCACAGCCCUACCCCCCGGAGCGCUGCUUUACCGCGUUAUAUCCGAAUUCGUGUUAUAUCAGGUGGCGUUAUAACGGGGUAGAGGUGUAUUUCCAUGAGAGGCUGUAAGGGCUGUGGCAGAAAUGUCACCAUCUAUUGUGUCUACCUCUCAUACAAGUCUAUGAGAAGUUUGGUAUUUUUGUUACCAUAAUCUGCACAAAACUAAUGCACAUUAAAGCAAUGUUAAGGGCAUGACACAAAUCCAAAUUCAGAGACAAGGGGGAUAGUUCUUCCAAUGCUUUCUGGGCUGGGGUGCUGUAGGCAGGGACCACAGGGUGUCGCAUGCCAGACACGCUGCAAUAGCUUUACUGCUAUUGCUUAAAAAGUGUGGUGGACUCACCACUCCUGUGUGGCCUCACUUUGAGUGAACCACGAGAGACUGCCACAUGACGUUGCCAAGAUGGCAGCAGUAUCUCUGACAGGUACUGAUAGAUUACUUUUAACUCAAAAAUGACUGUAUUUAGUAUACAUCAUUGUGUUCCACCCCAAAUCGUGUUCUUAUUCUCCAUUGACCCUCUCUACCCUCUUUCAUCCUGGAGCUUCGUAAUCUUCUUUAAUGGAAUGAAAAACCUUUAAAAUGUUGCCAGCUGGUCCAAACGGAGGGAUUACCUUUUCCAUCUUGGAAGUAGGCCUUCACCAAGUGCCCUUCAAAGCUCCGGUCUUUAAAUUGCUAGUCAUGUGUGUAGUUGUGAGGAGGGUGGUAAUAGGAAAAAAAUUAAGGUGGUCGCAGGUAGUUCACCACCACCGUCAAGAUAUUGGUUGUGCAGAAGCCAUGAACAAUUGUGGUUCCUGGCCAAGAUUCUGAGAAAUCACUAGAGAUUUUGCGUGCCCAACUUGAGACAUCUUAAGGGUCCUGUUUUUCACAAAGUGCUGAGCUCCUACCCUCUGAACAUCAGCCUCCUUUAAAGGCCCUCGAGUUGGAUAAUCAAAAAUUGAGGCACCACGCACCACUGGUCACUUUUGAAAAUGUUGGCCAAAGUUGUGCUUAUCUGGGGAUAAGGUCUAUGUGAGUCUGGUGCCGCUAGCAGUGUAAGCUCUCUCAGAUGGGGUGGGAAGGACAUCGCUAUGGCCUUAGGCCAUCCCCACUUCAGCUUGGGAAGUGAAUACAUGUCACCACCAACCCCCAUAUCCCUCCCUUCCAAAGGGGUAGGUGAAAUUCAUCCCCAUGCAGAAGGCCAGCACAAAACCUCGUAAGCCCAGCAUAAACCGUGAAAAUAGGGCUUGAAUGGGACUUAAGCAUUGCCUAGGCUUGGGUUGGCUCUGUACACAUGGGUGAACUUCACCCUUUAGACAGUCUUUUGCCUCCAUGAGGCAAUGGGCCUCCUUGAGCUCUUGAUGGGGCCUACUCUGUUCCACCCUAACAUGGGCCAUUCAUCUGCAGGGCUGAAUUGUGCCUUACAGGAAGCACAAAGCAUUCCUAUGUCUAAAUAAGUUCAGUGAGAGUCUGCUCUUAGUCACCCAGAUGUGAAUCCAUUUUUUCCCCAGUGAGACAGAAUGCGGCCUGACCUCUUUUAAAUAAAUAGAGAAUAUUUUAAAAGAAAUUGCUAAAAGCUGCCUACCUUGACCCUACUUUGAAUUCAGGAGUUUGAGAUAUAUAUAUAUACAAACACAUCAGAUAAUGGCAUAGAAAGUGGGCCUCACUUUUAAAGGCACAAAACUUGAGAAUCAAAGAGAAAAGCCAGGCUUAAUAUUGAACAUCCUUGUUAUUCUGUUUGUGUGGCACACUGAACAUGGCCUUAAAUGUCAUUUUUUUGUGUGGUGUCUUUAAACUUUGUAUUGACAAUCUUUGUACAGUCAGCCCUUUUAAGGUGAAAGCUUUAUCAGACAUUUACAAAUAAAAAGUGUGAUGUCAUUUUCAAGCAGUGGGAAAAUAAGCUAAUUAAAGAUAUUGGAAGGAGAA